AUGUCGGUCACUCCGCUUUCAGAUCGAAAGGCCAUGGUCAAUUAUGCCAUCGACCUGCUUAGAGCCCAUCAAAUUCGCCGAGAAAAUGUGUUCCUGCACGAGCAGCUCAAGACCUGUGCCAAAGAGCUUGCCACUUUGCGUGACGAAGUGAGAGACUUGAGAGCAAACCAACUUGCUACCGUCGAAAAGGAGAUCGAGCCCAUGAAGGUAUCUAUCGAUAUCAACGCCAAAAAAGCAUUUGUUCUCAUGGACAGGCAUGACUCCCAACUCAACGAGCAGGCCCGUGAGCUAGAGACCAUUCGUCAGUCACACAGAGCAAUGCAAACUGAGACUUCAAAUAUCAGAGAUUCUUGUCGCAAGACACAGGAAGAUGAAUGCGCACAAAGGGCCACUAUGGAAAAGCAGCUUGAAGCAGUGCGUGCUGAAUGUGAGAACCUAGCGACUGCCCAACAACAACAAGCUCGACGCACUCUAGCUUCACUUGAGACGCUGCGAAGCGGUCUUGAUAGCAAGGCAGAUGUCGCGGUCAUCGAAAUGCUGGAAACCCGCGUAAAUGAGUUCUCGACUCGCCAAAAUGCCGCUGCUCUUGUAGCCGACUCGGUCAGCCACAUUUCAGAUACUCUGGAGCGCAGGUGCCAUCCUCUUGAGCAAGGUAAAUCGGUUCAGGUACAGGAUUCUCAACGUGGAAACUACGAGGGCCCUGAACCGCGAGAGACGACAGUCCCUGAUGAUCUCGAUCUCGACGCCAACGCACACACGAUCAGCUAUGCUGGCCACUGCUACAGCGAACCGGGACAGAACGACUCUUUGAAGAUGUUGUCACCGCCCACAGUACAGGCCACGCAGCUCGCCGAGAUCAAGACCCUCCGACAGAGAAGAUUCGACGGCUGGGAUUCCUACUACAACCAGGGUCAGAAAAUUGUCGAAGCCUUGCCACGCCAAUUCGAGGGAACAAUCGUCCACAACUUUGUGAACGGACUCUUCAAGGAAAGCCAUAGAAAGCAAUGUCAGCAGUGGCUCGACUCGAGUGGAUGGACUUGGGCCAACGUUACCACCUUUGGUAACUUGUGCUCCCAACUUUUCGCCAACAAUGCAACAAAAGCAGGGAUGGAUACAGAAACUUUGGUACAUCCAGGAGGGAUCGGCGUGGUGCUUGCCGCAGUUAGCAAGUCGGGGCGGGAUGCAGGCGCCGCGAACUGCAAGAAAAGCAGCAAAGGUAAAUGUCGACAAGUCACCGUCGAUGUGCCGCUGCGACGAAGUCAACGGGUAGCUGACAAACAAGGUCUUAACACCGGCCAUGCAGGACGACAGCCCGAGCCCAAGUCAAUACAAGGAUCUUUUGCUCACGGUGUCGAACAGCACAAGGCUCAAGAAUCGAAGCCCGAGAACCAAGUUGGCAAUGAAUGUUCUAAAACGCAGAACCGACCACAGUCUGACAAUGCCACCGAUCGGCGAGCCGGUAUGCGAGAAUCUGAAACGGCAGGUGUAAAGCUCCCCGAGAUGGUGGGCAGGGCUCGACCAAGAAAAGGCACAGCAGUCGCAACAGAGACUCGCAAAAGCCACAAGAGAAAGCCUGUCGGGGUUGAAGUUAGAGAUUACUCGAAGCGACUGAAAUCUCGCUCGAAGGCUGGGGAUGGAGACGAUCAUGCCAUUUCAAUCCCUCAACUUGUGCCAUUUCGGGGAGGAAUCGUCAAGUCAGUGGAAGAGAGCAGUAACGACGAAGGAUUUUUGUAUGAUGGGAAUCUUUCCCAGCCUUCAGUUCCCAUGACAGCAGGCCAACCAAGAGGACAUAGAAAGAGACGACUGCCUCUGCCACCGCCGCCAGAGAUCCCUAUUCUACCUACCACAGACGAAGAGUAG